AUGAGCUUCAAACGAUAUUACAUAAUGAAUAUUGCAAAAGAGCAAAUUAUGGCUGAUGAUUCUAAGAGAACCCCUGAUGUUAGCUCUAUUCAUGGUAAGGGUAAGAGAAGAGUUAAAAGGAGCUACGAAGCCGCAUCUCUAGAGGAAUCGAGGAGUAAAGAGGAUUAUAAACAACAGGUUUUUGACCAAAAGACUAUAAAUGAAGAUGGAACAGUCCAUGAAGAACAGCCCAUGCAGCAACUUCGAGUUCUCGCUCGACAAAGGUAUCUUACAGAGAAGGAAGAACAGCAACUUGAACUGUUGAGUAAAGAGUUGCACUAUCUGGAAAAUGAUGUGAAGCAAUAUGGCUGGGAUAAUCUCACUCAAAGAGAGCGUGACAACAUUACACUCAAAAGGGAUCUCAUGGAUCUAGUACGACAGCGAAAGUCUCUUGCUACCAGAGGGUUUUCUUUGCAAGAUGAUUAUCUUAAUGAUGAUGGUAAUAUUGAUAUUAAUCGCAAGAGAGAGCUUCUAAACAAAAGAGAUGACUAUACUAAAAACACCAAUGCCAAUAGACAGCAGGAGUGGGAAGAAACACAACUGAGGAAAGCACUGAAGGGGCCGCAAGAUACUGGGGAAGAUAUUCAUGUCCCUGGAUCCGAGGAAUACGAGUUUGUCUUUGAUGAUGAGGCUGGAGUGGAUUUCACGGACGAAACUGAUGAUGUGCUGCCAGAGAAAGAUGCAGCUUAUGAGAAUGAGCUUUUGACUAGGCUAGAAGCCGAGCAAAAGCGUGUUAGUACUAUUCAGGAAAUGAGGAAAUUACUACCGGUAUACAAGUAUAGAAAAGACCUUUUAGAUGCCAUCCGAGAAAACCAAAUACUGAUAGUCGUUAGUGAGACAGGCUCUGGUAAGACAACACAACUUCCGCAGUUUCUUUUUGAAGACGGUUAUACCAAAAAUGGCAAGUUUCAAAUUGCGGUGACUCAACCACGUAGAGUCGCAGCAACAGCAGUUUCUGCUAGAGUCGCAGAAGAAAUGGAUGUCGUUCUAGGUAAAGAAGUCGGUUAUUCUAUUCGUUUUGAUGACAAAACACACCCUCAAAAGACAAUUUUGAAAUACAUGACGGAUGGUAUGCUGCUCCGAGAAUUUUUAGCAGACCCAGAACUUCUCAAAUACUCUUGCAUCAUGAUAGAUGAGGCUCAUGAACGUACUUUGGCAACCGAUAUACUUUUAGGACUAUUGAAGGAUAUACUACUACAUCGAAAGGAUCUGAAGCUUAUUAUCUCAUCAGCAACUAUGAACUCUACCAAGUUCUCUAAAUUUUUUUACAAUUGUCCAAUAUUCAAUAUUCCAGGAAGAAGAUUUCCAGUCGAUAUACAUUAUACAUUACAACCAGAGGCAAAUUAUCUGCAAGCUGCGAUCAGCACAAUCUUUCAAAUACACACUAAAGAAAAAGUACCAGGUGAUAUUCUUGUGUUUUUAACUGGUCAGGACGAAAUUGAAACUGCAAGAGAAAAGAUCGAGAUAAUAGCAGAAAAAUUAGGUUCCGGUAUAAAGCCAAUGAUAAUUACCCCCAUCUACGCAAAUCUUCCCCAGGAAGAACAGGAGAAAAUUUUCAUACCAACCCCCCCAGGGUGCAGAAAGAUUGUCUUAGCUACAAAUAUUGCGGAGACAUCGCUAACUAUUGAUGGUAUAAAGUAUGUCGUUGAUCCUGGUUUUGUAAAAGAAAACUCGUUUGUGCCAACAACUGGCAUGUCACAAUUAGAGACUGUAGCAUGUUCGCGGGCCUCGGUCGAUCAAAGGGCAGGCAGAGCUGGUCGUGUUGGACCAGGAAAAUGUUAUAGACUCUUUACCAAAUGGUCUUAUUACAAUGAAUUGGAAUUGAUGCCAAAACCAGAAAUAAUCAGGGCAAAUCUAUCAAACACUGUGCUACUGUUACUGUCACUAGGGAUAACUGAUCUCUUGAAAUUCCCCAUGUUGGACAAGCCAUCAGUCUCGUCACUGAGCAAAUCCUUAGAACAGCUCUAUGUGCUGGGUGCAUUGAACAGCAAAGGCAUCAUCACCAGGUUAGGAAGAAUAAUGUGCGCAUUCCCGUGUGAACCGGAAUUUGCCAAAGUACUGCACACAAGUGCAUCGCAUCAUCUAUGUGCCGGUGUUCUGGAGGAGUGCUUAACAAUCGUUUCCAUGCUACUAGAGGCGACCUCAUUAUUCGCUGGCCAGAGAAAAGCUACUACUAGUAACUCCAUCGCGGGCAAAGUUUCAAGUGACCAUAUGCUUUACCUCAGGGUGUAUGAAGAAUGGGCAAACACAAAUUACUCGAGGCUAUGGUGUCAAGAUCACAAGGUUCAAUAUAAGACAUUAAGAAGAGUGAAGAAUAUAAGAGACCAAUUGUGGAGGUGCUGUGAGAGAUUGGGCUUUACAGCAUUAAAUGCAGCUGCAACGGAAAAUGCAAAUGGCUCAAUAGUAAACCCAGAAUCAAGAAUAGCAAAAAGCUUUAUUAGCGGCUUCCCGAUGAAUGUUGCUCAAUUGGGCACAUCUGGUUAUCACACAACAGGCCUAAAAAAGAGUGGCGGUCUAAACGUAUUCAUCCACCCGUCUAGUGUUGUGUUUCAACAAACUCGGGAAGAGGCCAAAAAGCCAAGCAGAUACGUUCUUUAUCAACAACUUCUGCUAACUUCAAAAGAGUUUAUAAAAGACUGCAUGCCGGUAACAAAUGAGUCUUGGCUCCAAGAAAUGGUGCCGCAAGUAUUCAAUUCGAGGUAA